AUGAGCUCUAUAUUACUCUCUAAACCCCCAGCAGCAGCAGCAGCAGCAGCAGCAGAAGAAGAAGAAGCAGCAGAAGCAGCAGCAGUAGGUGCUGCAGCAGGAACGGCAGCAGCAGUAGCAGCAGAAGAAAAUCCAGAAGAAACUGCUGCUGCUGCUGCUGCAGCAGCAGCAGCAGCAGCAGCAGCAGCAGCAGCAGGGAUUGCAGCAGCAGGAGAAAUAGAUGAAAUAAUAGAAGCAGAAGCAGCACACGGUACACAACAGCUGCAGCAGCAACAGCAACAGCUGCAGCAGCAACAGCUGCAGCAGCAGCAACUCAACUGA